UUCCUGGGGCCGCCCGUGAGGAUGUCGCGACCGCCCCCCGGUGCCCCUGAGCUCCGGAGACGCCACCGCGGCGGAGCCCGGAGCCUGCCUGCCUGAGGCGUCCGCGGCCCGAAUCCGGCCCGUCCCCUCCCUUCCCAGGUGCGGGUCGGGCUGGAAGCCGCGGCAGAUAUUAGAAUGUGGGCAACCUGCUGCAACUGGUUCUGCCUGGAUGGACAGCCUGAAGAGGCCCCACCACCCCAGGGAUCCAGGACGCAAGCCUAUUCCAACCCUGGAUACAGCUCCUUCCCUUCCCCAACAGGCUCUGAACCUAGCUGCAAGGGCUGUGGGGCCCACUUUGCCAACAUGGCCAGGAAGCAGACUUGCUUGGACUGUAAGAAAAAUUUCUGCAUGACCUGUUCCAGCCAAGUGGGGAAUGGGCCCCGCCUCUGCCUUCUCUGCCAGCGGUUCCGAGCCACUGCCUUUCAGAGGGAAGAGCUCAUGAAGAUGAAGGUGAAGGACCUAAGGGACUAUCUCAGCCUUCAUGACAUCUCUACUGAAAUGUGCCGGGAGAAGGAGGAGCUGGUGUUCUUGGUGCUUGGCCAGCAACCUGUAAUCUCCCAGGAGGGCAGGACUCGUGCCUCCACCUUGUCUCCGGACUUCCCCGAGCAGCAGGCCUUCCUGUCCCAGCCUCACACCAGCACAGCACCUCCUACCUCACCCAACCUCCCUUCUCCACCUGCACAAGCCACCUCUGCUCCCCCAGACCCGGCUCAGGAGAGCCAGCAGGGCAGUGGUCAUGUGUCUCAGGACCAAGAGGAACCUGUCUACCUGGAGAGCACAGCCAGGGCACCUGCAGAAGAGGAGACCCAGUCUGUCGACUCUGAGGACAGCUUUGUCCCCGGCCGGAGGGCCUCUCUGUCAGACCUGACCAACCUGGAGGACAUUGAGGCGCUGACUGUGCGGCAGCUGAAAGAGAUCCUGGCUCGCAACUUCGUCAACUACAAGGGCUGCUGUGAGAAGUGGGAGCUGAUGGAGAGGGUCACGUGGCUGUACAAGGACCAGAAAGGACUACAGCACCUGGUGUGCGGUGCUGAAGAUCAAAACGGAGGAGCGGCGCCCCCCAGCCUGGAGGAGAACCUCUGUAAGAUCUGCAUGGAUUCUCCCAUUGACUGUGUCUUGUUGGAGUGCGGCCACAUGGUAACCUGUACCAAGUGUGGCAAGCGCAUGAAUGAGUGUCCCAUCUGCCGGCAGUACGUGAUCCGAGCUGUACAUGUCUUCCGAUCCUGA